GCCUGUGGGCGCAUGCAUGCUCAGCUGCGUGAGCUCUCACACCCUCCUGGAGUGGGGGGGGGAGGGAGGGAGAAAGGGCGGUGUCACAUGACUGGUACAACGCCUAAAUGUGAUCCAGAGUCAUGUGAGGGCUUAAGCCUUAAUCUCAUGUGAUCAAAAAUACAUGGAAUAUCCAGGCUUUUGAGGUGGAUUCUUCCCCGGCAUUUGUGUCAACUUCCUCAUCUCUAUUCCUCUGGUAACCAGUCAGAUGGGUUACUCGUCAAUGUGGCCUACAACAUACUGCAUUACUGCUGUUAAUUUUAAACUCAUUUUUAUUGAAGAGAAACAGCAUUACAUAUUUUACUUUCCUAAAGUAUGUCCCCCUUUUAAUCAAACACAGUGCUGUUAAAAAGCAUCUGCCCCCUUCCUGAUUUCCUCUAUAAUUGCAUAUUUGUCACACUGAAUGGUUUCAGAUAUUUAGACAAAAUGUUAUCUUAGACGAAAGGGAAACUGAGUAAGCACAGAAUACUUUUUUUUUUAUUAUUUAAUUUAUUUAAUGCAAAAAGUUAUCAAACACUCGUAUCAUCCAUGUGAAAAAGUAAUUGUCCCCUUUAGUUACUCAGUCAACCAACUGCCCAAAUUUAAUUGAAAAUUGAAAAUUCAGCUGAUUGAACGUGGCCCUGUUGAAUCUAAACCACUAAUAUUGAGAGUGAAGUCAUCGCCACAAAGAUUCUACAUUAUGCUAUGCCACAAUCAAAGGAAAUUCCAGAAGAGAUGAGAAGAGAAGUUUUUGAAAUAUAUCAAUCUAGAAACAAAAGUAACAAAGCCAUUUGUAAGGCUCGGGGACUCUACCAACCCACAGUGAGAGCCAUUAUUUCCAAAUGGAGAACAUUUGGAACAGUGGUGAAUCUUCCCAGGAGUGGCCGGCCUCAAAAAAUGUAUCCAAGAACAUGGAGACAAGUCACAAAAGAUCCAAGAAGAACAUCCAAAGAACUGCUGCUAGGCCUCUCCAGCCUCAGCUAAGAUCAGUGUUCAUGACUCCACAAUAAGAAAGAGACUGGGCGAAAAUGGGACUCAUGGGAUAGUAGCUAUGCAGAAACCAGUGCUAACCAAGAGAAUCGGCAAUGCGUAUCUUGGAUUUGGAAAAAAAAAGCAUGUCCAGUCAUCUGUCCGUGAGCUGAAGCUGAAGAGCAAUUGGGUCAUACAGCAAGACAGUGAUCCAAAACACAAAAGCAAGUCCACAUCUGAAUGGCUGAAUAGAAACAAAAUGAAAGUUUUGAAGUGGCCAUGUCAAAGUCCUGACUUGAACCCUAUAGAGAUGCUGUGGCCAGGCCUGAAACGAGGAGUCCAUUCUUGAAAACCCUUUCAAUUUGUCUGAAUUAAAGCAGUUCGGCAAAGAAGAGUGAUAUCGAAUUAUAGGAAGCAUUUGGUUGCAAUAAUUGCUGCUAAAGGUGGUGCUGAUUUGAUCUGAUUUACUUGUUUAUUUUAAUUAUGGAGGCCAUGUUCCCUUUGCUCAAAACUAUAAGUAUGUGUCUGACUUCUUUUAAAUAUAUUAUAAAAAUUAAAAUAAAGAACUGCAAUAGCUGUAAACUUAAGGGGUAUCCCCGCAAUGUGAACUCCGCAUGUAAAACCUGCCUGUUUUGUGCGCAGUGGUAUCACGUGACUCGCAUCUCAAAUGUCCUGCAGUCUGUUUUUUUUUUCUUAUGGUCAUUCCGUUUUAUUGCCUGUUGACCGCGGCUCAGUUAAAAAUGACAGAAGCACUCCAGAAGUAUUAGGUUACGCAGAGUGCGUUUUGGUCGUGCGCUAUAGCCGCGUCUUGGGUUGGCGUGCGCACACGAGGCUUUUAAUUUCGGUGAAGUAAGCGAAUUGAUCACAUUUGAGGCCUAGUGGCUUUACCAACUUUAAGACGGAUUAAGGUGGCGUCUGCAUUGCUCGCCGGAGUUGUAUUUAACACGUUUCCUUGGCGGCCGCACAACGUUGCCUGUGAACGUGGGGCCAGAGGACAUUCAGAAAAUAACCCUGUAGUUAACGUCAAUGAUAGUUCAUGUUAUUAUCGGGUUAAUUAUAAAAACCUCUAUCAAAAUAUUUAACAACGAUUCGUGAAUGUUUUCAUUCAAAAGAACUCUAUUUGAAUCUCUCAAACAUUCCCAGCAAUUAUUUGGCAACUGAAAAAUGAAACAUGUGACAUGAAAUUUUGUUUAAAAUGGAACAUGAAAUAGGUUUCUGUUUUACUGGAGCAAAGCAGGCGAUGAUAGCUUUAACAGAAGUAAAAAGAUUCUCAAGCGUGAAAUUCUGUUCAGGAUAAAUCCGUAAUUACGCCAAGCAAUGUGCAUCAAAAGGAUGAAUGUCAGUUUCUUUACUAAUUCAUUGUGCAAAACGAUUUUAAAUAUUUUGUGGGAGUAAAACGUGCAUGAAAAAGGCUUCCUUCAGCGAAAACGUUUUUUCCAUGAUAUGGCUAACUUAUUAUAAAUGGAAAUAGGCUACACCCGUCCAUACCGCACAGGACAUAGGCUGGUACUGUGCCAGCCUAUCGGUGAACAUCCUGAAAUUAUUUACCAACAAUAUAACAUGCAGUCGAACAAUAUUAUGUAAGGCAUUUAAGCAUGCUUCAGAGCGGAAGGCAUUCGUAAACCUCUUAUCUAGUUGAUCUAGUGCGUUAUUACGCGCUCCACUGAGUGUCUUCGUUGUAAUCGUUCCGUGGCGGCAGCACGGUUAACUGUCAAUUGCAUGACUUCAGGUCCGUUCAAAAUACACUUGGCUCUGUUCUCUGUUUGCAAGACUGCAGGUAAAACCUCAGGCUGACUGUCAGGUGGCGGAAUACUUAGGCUACGUAUGACCAUGCACUGAAUGCACGUGAUGCGACGGGUGUAACAAUAAAUAAACGGUACAUAUUCAAAUUCAGAAGAUGGGUCUUUGUGAUAUUGUAGUAGACCUACACAAAUGUAAAUUUAAUAUUGUUUCGGCAAUAUAACAGAUUUAGUUUAGGAACGGUCAGCAUAAAAAUAAAAUAAUAAUUGCACCUUUGCAAAUGCUUGCAAUUAAACGGCAAUGACGACUGCACGGUAUGUGCCAUUUCCCCAAAUAUAAUGCUACGUAUAGUUUAUGUUCGUUAUACUUCACAGCUUUGCUUACAUAUACUGUAUACCUACUGUAUGGGCUGUCCGCACGAGCGACUGCGUUCCCCUUUUUCUUCCCAAACUGCGAGAGUAAAAGUAAAACUAAAAUCUCCCCCAAAACCCCGAUUGGCUGGUGAAUGCUCAGUGGCGUCCAAUGAAAAUAAGCCCUUCCUAUUUUCGCCUUGUACAGCACAUGUUUCAGCACGAAAUGUUUCUUGCUGCUAUGGUUACUGGUUAUGCCCUGUCGGUAGGCUGAUUUUGAGAGUGAUUGGUGAGCCAGGAAAGGGUUAAGGAGGAGUAGCUUAUCUUCACGUUGGCUAAAGACUGUCUGCACAUCACAUAGGAGCCGUCUACUUGUGUCCCGGGCACAUUUAUUUCCAUGUGGUCUUUGCAGAGGGAGGUGCACGCCGCUGUAGAGUUCUCCAGAACUUUUCACGAAUGUUAAUAAGUAUUGCCGUUAUUAUUCUAGAACGUAUCCUAUAGAGUUUAUACCAUUAACAAAUACCGUCUUUUGGAUUGCUUGAAAAGGAAGGGACAAUAUUUAACGAACCCAUAAUUGCCAGUGCGCGAGUUGGUGCAUUUUACACGUGAGUUGGGAGCUGUUCUGUUUGGAGACGCGCGUGCGCUCUGGUUACACACAAACUGGUUGCAAAGUGACCGCAGAGACGAACUGGUUGUCAUUCUAAAGUACUGCACCAGUGGAUGUAGACCAACUGCUCAAUAUCCCCCUAAACGCACUUGCAAGCAGGAAAGUUAUGGAUGAAAGAAUAUCACGUCUGCAAGAGAGGCAAUUGCUGGACCACGCGGAUUUUCUUGGGGUCGAAUAUUCAUCGCUCUACAUGUGCAAAUCAAAAAGAGCCAUGAAGAGAGAGGAGAGCAAGAGUGUUUGUUUUUUUCAUCAACAGGAAGCUUACAAGUUACCUCACAGAUUAAUAGAGAAGAAGAGACGAGACAGGAUUAACGAAUGUAUCGGACAGUUGAAAGAUCUGUUGCCCGAACAUCUGAAAUUGACGACAUUGGGGCAUUUGGAGAAAGCUGUUGUUCUCGAGUUAACUUUGAAGCAUUUAAACACCCUGACCGCUGUCACGGAGCAACAGCACCAGAAGAUCGUUGCAUUGCAGAGCGGAGACCGAUCGAUGAAAGCCGCCAUUCAGACUGAUUUAGAUGCUUUCCAUUCUGGCUUUCAAACCUGUGCAAAGGAAGUAAUGCAGUACCUCAGCAGGUUCGAGAACUGGACUGCGAGGGACCAGAGAUGCACGCGGCUCAUUAAUCAUUUGCACAAAGUUUCCGCGCAGUUUUUGCCCAGCGCGCCGCUUCUGUCGCACCAGCCAUCCGAGGGCAAAAGCGCCGCCACAGUCCAAGAGCCCGACGGCCAAAAAGCGGAAAGCCAAGCCAACUGCGUACCAGUCAUUCAGAGGACACACAACGGGGAGCUUAACGAGAACGACACCGACACCGACAGUGGAUACGGCGGCGAAGCGGAGAAAUACGACGGGAAAUUUGACAAAGAAUAUAAAUCGCAAGGACCCAAAUCGGUCAAAAUCAAGCAGGAAUUUGGGGACGACCAUCCUGCGAAAAAAACCAAAAUAGACUCGGCAGGUAUUGGGAUGGGAAGCCCGGAUCUGACAAACAGACCGGACGUGGCUCUGCUGAACUCGCUGAUGGGACUAGGAGGUGUUUCUGUCGGACAGCAAGCGCCCUUCUGCAUGCCAUUCUAUUUCAUUAACCCCUCCGCCGCUGCCUCCUAUAUGCCGCUGUUCGACAAAUCCAAUUUAGAGAAGUAUUUCUACCCAGGUACCGCAGCAGUGGCCAACCCGUUCCCCUUGCUUUACCCCGGACUCCCCGCGCAAGCAGCCGCGGCUGCAGCAUUUCCCGGCUUGUCAUCCGCGCUGUCGCUGGAUAAACGGUGCGUGUCGGCUCCCCUCUCUCAGAAUAGCGAGUCAGCACCUCCAGACUUUGACUCCUCGAACGAAUCGUGCUCACCUGCGGCAAACGAGGACAGUUUGGAUGACGAAAACCCAGACGAGUCCCCAAAGACGGAAAACGGAGCGACAUAAAGAGCCAGCUGGCAAAAAAAAAAAACUUUCUGCUCGUCAAAUCGCGACAUGUGUCUGUCUUUUCUUUGCGUAUUUAAACUAAACGAACAGAAGAACGUUGCUGUUAAUAUUGCUUUAUUUUGACGGUUCGUUCGGCGUUAGUGUUUUACGGAAAAUGCUUAUUCGCGUUUAAAUAGGACAUUGAGUGUAUUCAUUUCAUGUAAAACAAUAUACAUUUCAUGUAAAAAAUAGACCCAAAGCUUUAUAUGAGCCUGUUGUGUUGGUUAGCCUUGGCUUGAUAGGUGAACCCUUUUAGAGCGCUUAUAAUGUCAUAAUGUUUAAAGAAUGCUUUGACCUGCGGAUGUAACGCCUACUCCUCAGACAUUGUGGCUCUGACGCGUGCGUCCCUUAUGGACCUGUUCUCCUGCACAGAUGCUCACGUAUACGAUACGUUAAGAAAAAACGGCGCAAGGUACAAUGGCACCUUAAUUGAAUUUUGAUAUUGAAUGUAACUUUUUUAGAAUAUGGAAGUGUAAAUGAUAAAAUGCCAGGUGUUUUGCUCUUUGCAAGGUGAAGUGCACUUGUUCUUUGCUUAGACCCAUGUCCCCACCCAUUCCUGAUAUAGUCCAAGCACUGUAUCCAAAUUUGGAUAUAUUUUCAUAUAUACAUCUAAUAAAUGAAUAGGCAGUAGUCUUAGAAGAGACCCUUUCUGUGUGUGUGAGUGUGUGAGAGAGAGAGAGAGAGUGUGUGUGUGUGUGUGUGUGUGUGUGUAUGCACACAUUUGCAUAUCUGUUAUGUUGCCGUACUCAAACAUACUUCAAACACCAAACUAAACAUUGUUUCAGCCACAGGACAGAAACCUACCAGAACCACUGUGCUUCUGUCAGAAGAAAAAUUUUUAACAAAUUUGACAAAUUUAAGCGAGGAAUUCGGCUACUGAAACCAAAAAAUGGCUCCCCAGUGUUGGGAAAUAAAUUCCAUCCAGUUUUCCUUGUGUUCCUACAUUCCCUUACCAGCCCCGUGCACAAAUGUUUACAACUACUGGGGACUGAGUUCAUCGUUUACGCCAUUGUGGAAUGUUACAAAUUUAAAAUGGAGUAGAUUCAGGUGUCCGCCUGGCAAAGCACUGCUCACAAGUGGUGUCCUUUAAAAGAUUUUGGCUCGUAACAGAAGCGAUUCGGUUUUCAAACUGGGGGGAAGGCGGGCACGUCACACUUGAGCACCGUCCCAUACCCGUUUCCCAAGUUCAAGACUUUAGAUCCAUUUUUAAAGGAAAAUUUUAUUUCGGUAAGACAUUCCGUGAGGUGUUGAGAGGCACAGUGGCUCAGUUUGAACAUUUUCAUGAGAAUGUUCAAGAGAGGAGACAAUCUCAUAAAGAUUAUGGUCUUUAAAUAACUAUAUAUACAAUUAUUUAUAUAUACUGUAUGUAUAUACGUUCAUUUUUUAUAUUCAAUGCUGCUCUUAGCUGUUUUGCCUCAAAUGCGCUGCAUUUCCAGUUGUGAUAUUGCCUAAAACAGUGGCCCGCGUUUGUGUAAAUAUUUUUUGUCAAACAUACAUUAUAUGAUGGAACUUAUGUCAAAUGUUAUUGUAGAAGAAAUGUGUGGAUUUUUCAAGGAUUUCUCAGAUUGAUGCACUUUUUGUUAGUGCUUGAAGCGUAACCUGUCUGAAAUUGUUUUAAGAAAAGUUCUAAAAUAAAUAUCAGUGAGAAAAUUA